GCUGGCAUGAUCAAAACAGAGAAAGAGGAAUUUUUUAUCGAGCCGGUGGAGAGGGGUGAUGGAGUGAUAGAAAAGGAGGAGGACGGAGGAGGAGGCAGGACACAUAUCAUCUAUCGCUCUUCAGCUGUUAAGAAAGUGCCCAUCAGCAGCGAAGCGGCGGACUACCACUCCAGAGCAACUUGUUGUCCCAAACAAAGUUUCAUUUUACGCUUCCCAUCUCUGCAGCCAGGACACUCAAAGACUCCCAGCAGGUCUUCCUCCCAGCCGUCAGUCAGUGUGUCAGAGCGCCGCUUUCAGACUGAGCAGGUCUCCAGAGAUAAUGGCUGGGUGCGGCCAUCCUCUGCCCCAGACUGCGCCCCCCACUGCUACUACACUGACCCAAGUACCGCGUAUUCAGUGUACAAAUCCAAACUCAAAAGCUACAGAGUUCAAGUCCUGGAGCUAGCCCCGGGGCUGAUAGAUAUUGUCGGUAACGACAAGCAGGUCCAGAGGACCCUGGGGGCGAGGCCCAGGAGUGGCUGGACAGCAGAUUGUCACAUCUUCACUGCCAAAUGUUUAACUAACGCUCUCAUAGUUCUGUCCAGUGGAACCAGUCAGAGUUGUGAUCUUAGCAAUAGAUCUCCCAUUGGUGCAGAUCUGGGUGGCAUGAUGGACCUGGAGUCUCUGUACAGAGGGGUGGAGCAGAGCAUAAACCACACCCGAGCGGGCCGCGUGCGCAGACAGAGCCUCGACAGAGCCUACAACAUUGAGGUGCUGCUGGGUGUGGACGACUCCGUGGUCCAGUUCCAUGGAAAGGAGCACGUGCAAAAGUACCUGCUCACACUCAUGAAUAUCGUGAAUGAGAUCUAUCAUGACGAGUCUUUGGGAGCGAAAAUCAAUGUGGUUCUGGUGCGGAUAAUCAUGCUGGGCUAUGGCAAGUCCAUGAGUCUGAUUGAACUUGGAAACCCAUCUCAGAGUCUGGAGAAUGUAUGUCGCUGGGCCUUUCUGCAGCAGAAGCAGGACACGGGGGAUGCGGAGUAUCAUGAUCAUGCCAUUUUCCUCACGCGACAGGAAUUCGGUCCCACGGGCAUGCAGGGUUAUGCUCCAGUGACAGGGAUGUGCCAUCCAGUGAGGAGCUGCACAUUAAACCAUGAGGAUGGUUUCUCCUCUGCUUUUGUGGUGGCACACGAGACCGGACAUGUGCUGGGGAUGGAGCAUGAUGGUCAGGGAAACCGCUGUGGAGAUGAUGUGCACCUGGGGAGCAUCAUGGCUCCUCUGGUGCAGGCUGCCUUCCACCGCUUUCAGUGGUCCAGAUGUAGCAUGCAGGAGCUGGGACGCUACCUUCACUCCUAUGACUGUCUACGCGAUGACCCGUUUGACCACAACUGGCCAUCGCUGCCUCAACUUCCUGGUUUGCACUACUCUAUGAAUGAACAGUGUCGCUUUGACUUUGGUGUGGGCUACACAAUGUGCAUCGCGCUACAAAAGGUGGGCCAGUCAGGAACACAGUACCGCACAUUCGACCCAUGCAAGCAGCUGUGGUGUAGCCACCCAGACAAUCCAUUUUUUUGCAAGACCAAGAAAGGACCACCCAUUGAUGGAACCAUGUGUGGGAAUGGCAAGCACUGCUUUAAAGGUCACUGUGUCUGGUUGACUCCUGACAUCAUGAAGCAGGAUGGAAAUUGGGGCUCAUGGAGCGAGUUUGGCCAGUGCUCCCGUACCUGUGGCGGAGGAGUGCAGUUUCGCACACGCGACUGUGACAAUCCAAGACCAGACAAAGGAGGCUUGCCCUGCAUGGGAGCAACUUACCAGUUCCAGAUGUGCAACACCAACAAAUGCGAGGAUAUCUACAGCGACCCGAGAGAGGAGCAGUGUCAUGCUUUUGACCACAGCAAAAAGCACCACUGGCUGCCUUAUGAACACACAGACGCUAAAAAACGCUGCCACCUGUACUGUCAGUCGAAGGAGAUACGGGAUGUGGUCCUCAUGGAGAGGAUGGUCUUGGAUGGCACACGCUGCUCAUACAAGGACCCGCACAGUGUGUGUGUGCGUGGGGAGUGUGAGAAAGUUGGCUGUGACGGCGUGGUCGGCUCCUCAAAGCAGGAGGAUAAAUGUUUCCUCAAAGUUCUUGAAAUACCCAGAGGAGCGAGACAUUUGCUAAUCCAAGAGCUGAAGGCCACCUCACACACUAUUGCUGUGAAGAACUUGGCAUCAGGACUGUUCUUCCUAAAUGGUGAAAAUGAAUACCCAGAAUCCCGUUCGAUCAUAGAGAAGGGUGUGGAGUGGGAAUAUGAGAAUGACAACGACAAGGAAACCCUUCAGAGUACUGGACCUCUUAGACAUGGAAUUCUAAUUAUGAUGAAAUUACAUGGGGAUGAAGAUAUAAAUUUAUCCUAUAAGUACAUGAUGAAUAUGGAAAUAGACUUUGCUAUUCAAAACAACAUGCUGGUGGAGGACAGUGCCUAUGAGUGGGCUCCCAAGAGAUGGUCUUAUUGCUCCAAGCCUUGUGGUGGAGGGAAGCAGUACCUGCGAUAUGGCUGUAGAAGAAAGGUUGACAGCAAAAUGGUUCAUAAGAGCUUCUGUAACAAGUCCAACAUGAAACCCAGAGGAGACAUCAGAGACUGUAACCAGAAGCCCUGCCCUCCACCCAUCUGGGUGAUGGGAGAGUGGCAGAACUGCAGCAAACCAUGUGGAAAGACUGGCCUACAAGUCCGCUCUGUCACCUGUGUGCAGCCUUCAUAUGACAACACCACACGAAUCAUCCACAACAAACACUGCAACGACGACCGUCCGGAAGCCCGCAGACCCUGCAACCGACACGCCUGCCCAACCCAAUGGAGAGUUGGCCCAUGGUCACAGUGCUCUGUGACAUGCGGUAACGGGACCCAGCAGAGGCAGGCUCUAUGUCACACCAGGGACAACACCAUUGGCCUGUGUCUGGAAAGCAAACCGGAGACCAUAAGAGUUUGUCGCCAGGAACCAUGUCGCAAGGGCUCAUCAGACCUCAGCAAGAACGGCAACAUUCUGAUCCAGUGGUUGCCUCACCCAAACCCCAAAUACACAAGGAUCUCACGCUUCCGUUGUCAUGGAGACCGUUCUGUGUUCUGCCGCAUGGAGGCACUGAAGCGCUACUGCUCUCUGCCGGACUACCAGCGUAUCUGCUGCAAGACCUGUAGCAACAUAAACAGUACAGAACCUGUUUCCGGCUCCACUAUCACACCCACUCGCAUCACCUCCGUGUGGCCCAGAGUUACAGCUCCUCCAUCCUCUGACAUCCCGAUGUCUGGCAUUGCCACCCCUCGACCUACCGAAGAUGUCAUCACCACCAUUUCAGCUUCCACUAUGUAUUCCUGGUUCACCACUCAACCUUCUACCAUUCAAACCAUUGAGUCCACCUCAGAUUCACAGAGUAUUCCAGAAAUAUUGCCCAUUUAUCCAUCAACAGCUCCUGUCCCCCAUACCACCAUUCCCAAGGACAUCACCACAGUGGCUACAAGCUUUCCUGUGUAUGAGAACUCAGAUCCACUGUUAGAAAAUACUGUAACAGCUGAAACGACUGGCAUGGAUUUAACUGUAACAAACAGUCCAAUCAUGACAAGUCCAUCAGAAAGCACGUCUAAAACUGACAUCCUGUUACAAUCUAAACCAGAAAAGAAAAUCCAGCCAAAACACAAAGGAAAGUUAAUUCCACCAAAGACCAAUUUUAAAAAGAGCACAAAUACUCCAAAACCUACUACUCCAAAAAAGACUACCCCAUCAAAGACCACACCAAAAAAGACUCCACCAUCAAAGACCACACCGAAAAAGAUUUCCCCAUCAAAGACCACAACAAAAAAGACCCCUCCAGCAAAGACCACUGUGAAAAAGACCCCUCCAGCAAAGACCACUGCGAAAAAGACCCCUCAAUUAAAAAGUACUUCACCAAAGACUACUCCAAAAAAGACCACUCCAUUGCACACUACUCCUAAAAAAGCUACUACUGUGAAGGUCACUACAGAGAAGAAAAACAAGCCUUCUCCCAAUCCCAAAAAGAAUAUAAUGCCAAAGACAAAAGUCACAAAAACAUACCAAACAAAGACACAUCUCCAAAAGAAAAACUUCCAGGAACCAUCAUCUAAAAAAACUCCACCAGCCAAGCUGAAUCAGAAAGCCAAGGAGAAAAAGACUCCUUCAAACCAGAGAACACUCUCUUUUUAUGAUACAACUAUCACCCCCUACGGAAGCAGUGAAACAUCAAGAGAGGGUGUACUUUCCAGCAGCAGUGAACGUGGGACGAUGGUGAGCCUGCCCAUCCCUGAGUCAAGGAUCAAUGUCACACACAUCAGUAAUGAUGACGGUAUCACAGAUAUAACUCCCCUGUGGUACCAAGACAGCAGCGACACAGAAAGUACAACACCCACCCCCUCUGUCAAUUUCAUAAAUCCCACUGGAGGCAUUAAUGAUGAGGCUGUCACGAUGCCCACCGAAACAAUGGCGUAUAGUGACACCACAAUGACAAGCAGCGGGGAUAGUGUGGAGACAAGCGGGACCUUUCCAAGUGAUGACGAAUCCUACGUCAGUUCAGGAGUGGUCAGUGAUACAGUUGUGCUGGAAGAUGGCCUCUCCAUGGUGAUCCCUACCAUAAACAGUGAGGACAUGACAGAACUCGUCCCAUCACCUUGGCAGGACCUCUCUGAGUACAUCCCUGUGAGCUUGCCCAUUCCCACAGUGACUUCAGACUCUGCUGUCUCCUCACCCCCUCCGACAAUCCCGCCCACAAAGGAAGAACCAGCCACCAUAGCCGCCAUUUCUACCCUAAGGCCUCAGCAAAGAGCUUCAGAGUACAGUGAGAACAAUUCCAUUGAUAUGCUUUACAACAGGGUCGUCAGCGUGGACAGUGACGUCUCCCAGAACAACCUUAUCCAAAAGCGGCGGGUCAACCUCAGAGAAAAAACCAGGAACAAACGCAUACAAGAGCUUCUCGAGGAGAAGCGAAACUUUCUCCUCAGGAUGAAGAGAGGUCACACUUCACAAUAG